CAACCUUACUAAAGCUAAACUUGCUCAAUUAAAACGAACAGACUUUGGAUUAGGUUGUCAUAUUAGGUUAGAGUACAAAACGUUCCUAUCAGCGCACCUAUAACCUCCAAAAAGCUAACUGCGGAACCGAGUUUUACUCAAACUUUUAGAAGAUGUUGACGAGACGAAUACCAUCCGUACUAACUCAAAAGAUAAGCGAGCUUGUGUGUUUUCGAGAUAAAUCACUCUUGUUCGUGCAAACUCGCACGUACGGUAUGGAUCAUGAAAUUAAACAAUAUGAACGGCGAAAUAAAGAAGAAGAUCUGGAAAAGAGUUUACCCGAUGAUGAUCCGGAGAAGCCCAAAACAUUUUUAUGGUUUCCGACUGCAGCACCAACAGGACAUGAAUUUAAAAUCGGUAACUUAAAACAUUGGUACAAUUAUCACAAAACCCUAACGAAGAAGAAGAAUCAAGAAUUUAUACCAGAGAGACACGAGACAUUAGGGAGCAAUUUGGCCACCGCUCACUUCAUCGUAUAUCGUGGAGGCAAGGUGAAGUUUAAAAAUUCUGAUUUUUGGGUAGAAUUAAAUAAGGAUGGUACUUCAAAUUUACCCAACAAAUUCGAUCCAUACUACAUUCUCGAAAUGGUAGAUGUCAAUGGAUUUGAUCUGUAUUACGAGGGUCUGAGUAACUUAUGUGGUCUCACAAAGCUCAAGUGGCUUAGUAUCAAGAAUUGCAAGAACAUUGAUGACUGGGGUUUAGACAAGAUAUCAGCAGAGUUUCCAGAAUUGGUGCAUCUGGACAUUUCAGGUUGUGAAAAGAUCACUGAAAGAGGAUUGGAGUCACUAUAUAGAAUGUUAAAUUUAAAGACUUUGAUUGUUACAAAUCAUAAAAAAUCUGCUGCAUUUGAACUAACCUGUAUGAUGUUAGAAGAUUGUAUUCCUGGCUUAUCUUGUGAGAUUCAUGAACCUUUGAAAAUAGUAGAAGAAUAAAGAAUUGCUUCUAGUAAAAGUAAUAAAGCUAUAUAGUUUGUAGUUCAAAUCUCAUAUUUAUUAUAUACUAUAUAAUUUUAAUUAUAUAAAGCUGUAAAGUGACUACUUGAUUACUAGCAAAUAAAAUAGAGUUUGUUUAAAAAUGUCUAA